CGCCCUCCAAGAGAAGGAGAAGUGCCUGGUGUGGACUAUAACUUUCUGACUGUGGAGGAGUUUCUGGAGUUGGAGCGAAGUGGGACCCUUCUGGAAGUAGGAACUUAUGAAGGUAACUAUUAUGGAACGCCCAAGCCUCCCAGCCAGCCCCUCAGUGGGAAAGUGACUUCCACCGAUGCUUUGCAAAACCUGCAGUCUGGCUCCAAGCAGUCGACUCCAAAGCGAACCAAGUCUUACAAUGAUAUGCAAAAUGCUGGCAUAGUGCAUACAGAGAAUGAGGAAGAGGAUGAUGUACCUGAAAUGAGCAGUAGCUUCACAGCAGAGUCUGGUGACCAAGACGAGCAUAAUACACGUAUUGUAAGAGAGACAGCCCCGCCGUCCGCGAUUGAUAGACACACCAACGUUCCCACCACGGAACCAUCUCAGAACCUCCCUCAAUACCUACCUCCUUCUGCCGAGGAUAACCUAGGUCCUCUGCCAGAAAACUGGGAGAUGGCCUACACCGAGAACGGAGAAGUCUAUUUUAUAGACCAUAAUACAAAAACAACAUCUUGGCUAGAUCCACGGUGCCUGAACAAACAGCAGAAGCCUCUAGAAGAAUGUGAAGAUGAUGAAGGGGUACACACGGAGGAACUGGACAGUGAACUAGAGUUGCCUGCUGGUUGGGAGAAAAUUGAGGAUCCCGUAUAUGGUGUCUACUAUGUAGACCACAUCAACCGAAAAACACAGUAUGAAAACCCAGUUCUUGAAGCAAAGAGGAAGAAACAGCUUGAGCAACAGCAACAGCCACCAGAAGAAUGGACAGAGGAGUGUCCAUCUCUCCCACAACCCGCUGCUCCAAACCAUGUUUCAAACAACCAAGAGGCAGCUCGGGAAGCACCGGUGCAAGGAAAACCUUUUUUUACACGAAACCCUUCUGAGCUGAAAGGGAAGUUCAUCCACACCAAGUUGAGGAAAAGCAGCAGGGGGUUUGGCUUCACCGUUGUCGGAGGGGACGAGCCGGAUGAAUUUCUCCAGAUCAAAAGUUUGGUGCUUGACGGCCCUGCAGCGCUGGAUGGCAAAAUGGAAACAGGGGACGUCAUAGUCAGUGUGAAUGAUACCUGCGUGCUGGGGCACACUCAUGCUCAAGUUGUGAAAAUCUUCCAGUCCAUCCCCAUUGGUGCCAGCGUGGACCUCGAACUGUGCCGAGGCUACCCCCUGCCAUUCGAUCCCGACGAUCCCAACACGAGCCUGGUUACAUCUGUGGCGAUUUUGGACAAAGAGCCCAUCAUUGUGAACGGGCAGGAAAAUUACGACUCCCCGGCGAGCCACAGUAGUAAAACAGGGAAAGUAAACGGCACAAAGGAAGCGAGACCCAGCAGCCCGGCCGAGGUCUCCUCCAACGGACCCCAUGGUUACCCCAACGACACGGUCUCUUUGGCGUCUUCGAUAGCAACACAACCUGAACUUAUAACUGUGCAUAUAGUGAAAGGGCCUAUGGGCUUCGGGUUUACUAUAGCAGACAGUCCCGGUGGGGGCGGCCAAAGAGUGAAACAAAUCGUGGACAGCCCGCGGUGCCGUGGCCUGAAGGAGGGCGACCUUAUCGUCGAAGUCAACAAGAAGAAUGUGCAGAGCCUCACUCACAACCAGGUGGUGGAUAUGCUGAUUGAAUGUCCUAAGGGAAGCGAAGUCACGUUGCUGGUGCAGCGAGGAGGACUGCCGGUCCCAAAGAAGAGCCCAAAGUCGCAACCACUUGAAAGGAAAGACAGCCAAAACAGUUCCCAGCAUAGCGUCUCCAGCCACCGCAGCGGGCACACCGCGUCCCCCGUUCACAGCACGCAGGUGCUGCCGGACUACACCGCCGCGGAAGCACCGGCUGCGGAUCAACCGGACAGUUCUGGGCAGAAAAAGCCAGAUCCGUUCAAAAUCUGGGCCCAGUCCAGGAGCAUGUAUGAAAGCCGACCUAUGUCACCUUCGCCUGCAACUGGACUGAGCAAGGGUGAGAGAGAGAGAGAAAUCAAUUCCACGAGUUUUGGAGAAUGUCAGGUUCCAGAUUACCAAGAGCAGGAUAUCUUUCUAUGGAGGAAGGAAACUGGUUUUGGAUUUAGGAUUCUAGGUGGAAAUGAGCCUGGAGAACCUAUUUACAUCGGUCACAUUGUACCGCUGGGUGCUGCUGAUGCUGACGGCCGCCUGCGAUCAGGUGAUGAACUGAUCUGCGUGGAUGGGACGCCUGUUGUGGGGAAAUCACACCAGCUUGUUGUCCAGCUUAUGCAACAGGCAGCCAAGCAAGGUCAUGUCAAUUUGACCGUCAGACGCAAAGUGGUUUACACAGUUCCCAAGGCAGAGAAUGAAGUCCCAUCCCCAGCCUCUUCCCACCACAGCAGCAACCAGCCAGCCUCGCUGACGGAGGAGAAGCGAACGCCGCAGGGCAGCCAGAACUCCCUCGGCGGCGGGGGCAGCGGGGUCGUCAGCACCGUGGUCCAGCCCUACGACGUGGAAAUCCGCCGCGGUGAAAACGAGGGGUUCGGCUUCGUCAUCGUCUCUUCUGUGAGCCGGCCGGAGGCGGGGACAACAUUCGGUCGGAUAAUUGAAGGGAGCCCCGCAGACCGCUGUGGCAAGCUGAAAGUAGGCGAUCGGAUCUUGGCCGUGAACGGGUGCUCCAUCACCAACAAGUCGCAUUCAGACAUCGUCAACCUCAUUAAGGAAGCGGGAAACACCGUUACCCUGCGCAUCAUUCCAGGAGAUGAAUCCUCCAAUGCUACUUUGUUGACCAAUGCAGAAAAAAUUGCUACAAUUACAACCACACAUACUCCUCAGCAAAUACCACAGGAGACCAGGAGCAACACCAAACCAAAGCAGGAGUCCCAGUUUGAUUUCAAACCACCCCAAGCAGCACAGGACCAAGAUUUUUACACUGUUGAGCUGGAAAGAGGAGCCAAAGGGUUUGGCUUUAGCCUGCGAGGUGGCCGGGAGUAUAAUAUGGAUCUGUACGUGUUGCGGCUAGCUGAGGAUGGUCCAGCCGAGAGAUGUGGGAAGAUGAGGAUUGGUGAUGAAAUCUUAGAGAUCAAUGGAGAAACUACCAAGAACAUGAAGCAUGCUCGGGCCAUCGAACUGAUUAAAAAUGGUGGCCGCAGGGUCCGCCUGUUUCUGAAACGUGGAGAUGGCUCUGUCCCAGAAUAUGACCCCAGCAGUGACAGGAACAGUCCCGCCACAGGUUCACAAAAUGUAUCGGAAAUGACAGCCGCACCAUCCGACCGACGGCAGCACCCAUCAUCGGAGUCCAGUUAUCCACCAGACCUUCACAAAUCAUCACAGCAUGGGGACAAGCGGACUUACGUUAGAGACCUAAAAGGCAGCAGAGAGUUUAGCAGACAUCCCAACGAACACCACACUUGGAACGGGACUUCUAAAACCAACGACCACGUGCCAGGCAGGAGGACGGAGAGGUCGCCGGAGAGGAGGCACGAGAGGCAGCCGGAGAGGGCAGUGGUGAACGGCCAGUAGAGGAGGUCUCCCGAAAAGCGCAGGGAAGGGACGAGGAGCGCCGACAACACUUUGGAGAGGCGGGAGCGACACGAGAGGAGGAGAGACCUCUCUCCCGAGAAGCGCCGGGAGCGGUCGCCCGGCCGGC